AUGAACAGAGACUGGGAAGAGGGUCUGCCAUGGUUGCUGUUGGCUGCCAGAGAGGUGGUCCAGGAGAGUACAGGGUUUAGCCCUAAUGAUCUUGUUUUUGGCCAUAAGGAUGAUAACUGGGGUGAAACCACUACCGCAGUGACGGGCACCUCAGAGCUGAGUAUUUCCCAGGAAGAAGUUGUUGGACUAGGGAAGGGAAUACAGGACCGGACCCAAGACUUCCGCCGCUAUCUUCCCUUGGCUGUGGGCUCAUGUGUGGGGCUGCUGGUGCUGGCCACGCCCCUGGUCUUUCUGCUUCUUCCGGCUGUUAUGUGGCCCGACAGACUGCAGGCUUGUGGCGCAGCCUGCGAGGGCCUCUUCCUCUCCAUCGCCUUCAAGCUCCUCAUCCUUCUGGUGGCCAUUUGGGCCUUGUUUCUCCGUCCGGGCCGUGCCAGCCUGCCCAGAGUGUGUGUGUACCGUGCCUUCCUUACCACACUUACACUCCUGCUCACCAUGUCUUAUUGGCUCUUCUAUGGGGUCCGGAUCCUUGAUGCCCAGGAUGACGACUACCAUGGUAUUGUCCAGUUUGCCGUGUCCCUUGUGGACUCUCAGCUGUUUGUCCACUAUCUGGCCGUGGUGCUGCUGGAGCUUCGUCACUUCCAGCCCUGCUACAGCGUGUGUGUCAUGCGCUCCACUGACGGAGAGACACGUCACUACAACAUAGGACAGCUCAGCAUUCAGAGGGCUGCUCUGUCUAUUUUGGAGUAUUACUACAGAGAUUUUCCACUCCAUAACCCAGCACUUCUUUCUGCCUCAAAGCACCGGGCUGCCAAACACCUGGCCGGGUUAAAGGUCUACAACGUAGACGCCCCAGAGAGUGCAGCAGGAGCGCAGACUGGUAAUGGGAAUCAGUCACGGGCCAUGGUAACAGCUGCCGCCAAGCGCAAAGACGGUGUCCACAAUGAGCUGUACUACGAAGAGGCCGACUACGAGAGAAGAGUCCGCAAACGUAGAGCCAGGCUGGUGGUGGCUGUGGAGGAGGCUUUCACACACGUCCGGCGGAUGAAGAAGGAGGAUGAGCGUGCAAGUCCGUCCGACAUUAUGGAUGUGCGUGAGGCAGCUCUGGCUAUAUUUCCCUCCAUGGCCCGUGCCCUGCAGAAGUACCUCCGCACCACCAGGAGGCAGCACUGCCACAGCAUGGAGAGCAUCCAGAAGCACCUGGCAUUCUGCCUCGUCAAUAACAUGAGCCCUAAGGCCUUCCUUGAAGCCUACCUGGCUCCUGGUCCGACCCUGCAGUAUGGCCCUGAGCGCUGGAUGGCUGACCAGUGGACUUUGGUCAGCGAGGCUUCUGUCACCGGCGGCAUUAAGGACGGGACAGAGUUCCUUCUGAGAUGUCUUGACUUUAGCUUAGCUGUGACCAUCAAGAGCAUCCCUUACAUCCGACUGACUGAGGAGUACAUCGACCCUAAGUCUCACAAGUUUAUACUGCUGCUCCAAUCAGAAACCUCAGUUUAACAGUGACAUGGUGGACCAGUGCUUUUCUUCUGGACUUACAGGACUGUUACAGUUGCCCGGCAGAAUUUUUCAAGGAUAACUUUUUGUACUGUUUUUUGUACUUAUGUUUAUGUCAUUUUCUCACCUAGAGUAAUCCUUGUGUCCUUGUCUUUGUCACGGGCGACAUGAAAUACGAUAAAAGACAGAAAAUGAGAGGGAAUAUGCUUGGAUUUCUCUGUCCUGACAUUUGCAGAACAAAGUUCAGGUAUUCCUCUAUGCACUGCAGAUGACCCUCACAAGUUUUCUUCUUCCUUUAUUUGCAUGUGCCAGAGUGUGCCUGUGUGGGGGAAUUCUUGAUUUUAGGAGGAGAGUGUGUGAUUUAGGAUGCAAAAGUGUGUGUGUGUGUGUGUGUGUGUGUGUGUGUGUUUUGAGUUCUCAUUAGAGGUUACUAUAGUGACCAGGAUACAACCCGAACCCUUUUCACCAAAACUGCUCUUUUCCAGUCUUAGCAAUGAUUAUUUAACUGUCCUGUAUUACAGAUGUAUGUAUAGUAUUUAUAUGUGAAUAUACUUAAUCCCUUUCGAGACUUUUUAUAUAAAAAUUUUGCGUUGCUUGACCUUGUCAAACUUUUUUUUUUUUUUUUUACUUUUCUGCGCUGUAUUUGUGGAGAUAACUGUAAAUAAUUGUUUGUAAUGUCAGACAAAUCACCGGAGUCUCUCGGACUGAAUGCCAACCACAGCACAGCUGAAUAUAGAUGGUCUAGCCAAUAGAUUGUGAACGCACACACGUGACUGCUCAUUAUGUUUGCGUUUGUAUAGUUAAGUGUGUGCAGUGUACACAGAGCUAGCAGAGAGAAUAAAUGUUUGGACGGCUAUGAGGUUCACAUGGUUGACCUUAUUAUAUCUCAUAUUCAAACUGUCACCUUUGUGCUGUUUUCUUAAAACAUACAAUAUAUGCCCCGGAUUUGCAUCUUAAUUCAUCAUGAAGGGGGUGUAUUAUUACAGCUCCUCUCUGCAUAAUGUAAAUCCUGUCAGCCAAGUGAAAUUUUCUUAGCUCAUAUGGUCAUGCAUAAGAAAAUGCAUAAAGGAAUAUUUAUUUCCGCAAUUUCAAAGGAUUUAUGACACUCUCUCCAAAUUUAAUAGUCACUUAUCUCAUGCUGGCAAGUGUUUAAACAAGUGUUGAAAAUUUAUAAUUUAGUGUAAAUUAGCUCAACCCAGUGUCAGUAUUUCUGUAGUCAGUAUUUUGUCACACUACUGCCUGUCUACAGCUACUGGAACAACAACACUGCCCUGAGCAUCAAUCAAACUUUCAAUUUGUAUGAAUAUUUGAUCUUUAUUUUUAAAAUCCUCUGUAUUUAUGAGGCAUGUUAUGUUAACUUUAUAUUUACACACGUGUUAACUGUGGUCACAGACAGUGUAGUUUUGUUUAGGCUUUUAGAGUGUUGAUGUUUGUGAAUAGUUCUUGACUACACAUGUGCCUCAGUUAUACAUAUUUAGGAUGUGCUCAGCAUAUAUGUGCAGUUUUUGUGUGUGUGUGUGUGUGUGUGUGUGUGUGUGUGUGUAUGUGAGAGAGAGAGAGAGAGAGAGAGAAACAAAGGGAACAUAAUGAAGAAAGGGAUUGCUUUCCCAAAUGUCAUGCAGUUGUCCCUGUCUUCUUUUAUACAACAGAACGUGUAAAAUCACAGCAGUUGUGUCAAACAACCAUUUG